AGAUUUCGCGUCAUCUCGCCUAGCAAACGUAUGACUAUGACUCACCAAGCAUCAAAAGGUGACAUUUAUUUAUAUCAUUGUGGCAUUCCAGAGCAUAAAUCAUUGGUGUGGGUGAUCUAUUCAUAGAUAUGACUAAGGAUUGAGGAAAAUGCAGGAGUGUCCAGUUAAAGUAGCAGUCAGGGUUCGCCCUCUGCUAGCCCAAGAGCGUCUUCAUCACCAUGAGUUAUGUGUGAAGGUCAACUCCAAGGCUAAUCAGAUAGUGGUUGGCAAGGACAGGGCUUUCACCUUUGAUCAUGUGAUGUCAUCAAAGACUUCUCAGGAAUUAAUCUAUCAAACCUGUGUCGACAACCUCAUCUCCAGUUUCUUUGAGGGCUACAAUGCAACAGUAUUUGCAUAUGGCCAAACGGGAUCUGGUAAAACAUUCACCAUCGGUGGCGCUGAUGUCAUCAACAUCCCUGAGAAUGAGCAAGGCAUUAUACCGAGGGCCGUAGGUCACAUCUUCGAUAAUAUCAGGAAUAACCACAACCGUGAUUUCACAAUCCAUGUGUCUUACAUCGAGGUUUAUAAAGAAGAUUUGAGAGAUCUAUUGGACAUGGAGACUAGCAGUAAAGAUAUGCAUAUCAGAGAAGAUGACCAGGGAAAUACAGUUAUCCUUGGUGCGUCGGAGGUCCCAUGUAGUUGUUUAGAUGAUGUCCUACGUUGCCUGGAGAUAGGCUCCGCCCACAGACACACAGGAGCUACUAACAUGAACGAGCAUUCCAGUCGAUCACAUUCCAUCUUUACUAUCCUCAUGGACCAGAGAUGGAGGGCUAGUGCAAACUCACCCUCCUCCUCUCCUGUCAUCUCCCCUCGUGGCGAGGAUGAACUCUCCGACGAUGAUGACAGCCACGACUACCAUUUCAUGUCAGCAAAGUUCCAUUUCGUUGACCUUGCUGGAUCCGAGAGGGCCCAUCGUACCGGCAAUGCAGGGGAGAGGUUCAAAGAGUCUGUGUACAUCAACAGUGGUCUGCUGUCAUUGGGCAACGUGAUCAGCGCCCUCAGUGACCCAAAGAGGAAAGCCACGCACAUUCCGUACCGUGAUUCUAAGAUCACGCGACUCCUGAAGGACUCGUUGGGCGGGAAUGCCAAGACGUGCAUGAUCACCUGUAUCAGUCCUUCAGCCGUUAAUUUUGACGAGACGCUGAAUUCGCUGAAGUAUGCAAAUAGGGCUCGGAAUAUCAAGAACAAACCAAUCGUGAACAAGGACAAGCAGGCGACCCGAAUAGCUGAAAUGCAGACCGAGAUACAGGCUUUAAGGGAUGAACUACAAAGGCAUAGACUGUCGACAGCUAACACUGAAUCGGGACUAGAUACAGUACGAGUGCAAGAUCUGGAAGAGCAAAUUGCUAGAUAUCGGAAUGAGCUGUCUCACUUCCGUGUCUGCACAGACGAGGCCUCCAAGAUCUUCUCUGGCUUCCAGGACAGCGAUCGUCUGACCAAAGCCCAGCAGACCGCGGUCAAUAACUGGAUGGACCUGGCCAAUGAGAUGAAAGAUGCCUUACGGUCGGCCACGCCCCUUGACCCCGCCCAGUUUGGACCGGUAGAAGGACAGGAGAAGAUCUGGGAGUUAGAAAGCAAACUCAAACAGGCAUUGGCUGAUCUAGCGAGUGAUGAACAGAUAUUUGCUGAUAAGAGAAGAGAAAAUGAAGAUCUUUUAGCCAGACUCCAAGAUAUGGAAUCUGAAAGAGAUCGUUGCUCCAAUGAACUAGAGAGGGCGCUAGAUAAUGUCCAUCGUCUAGAGGGCGCCCUCAUUGAACAGCAGACUAAAAUCACAGAGCUUCAGUCCCAGUUAGGUCAUGAGAGUGUUGGUGGUGGAGUUUUCGAGCUGCCAUUGGCUACCAGUAGAAGAGCUAUGUCAGUACCUCCUCAUGCAAUGAGGACCAAAUCGGCCUCGGGGAGUAACACAGCGAGAGAUAAAGUUAGACCAGAGUCUAGGAGACUACAUACCAGUCCACCUUUGUUCUCUCUUGAAAGGAUAGUCCAAGGUUUCCGAGCGAGAAGCCAACUUCUCAUCCGGCAGCUUGAAGACAAUGACGCCGUCCUUCAGGAGAACCUUACAGACAGCAGUGGACCAGAAGACUCGGAUACAGAAAACAAGGCUUUGGGUCAGACAUGGAGUAAGGAAGAGAGAGGAGGGUCCACUGCAUCCUCAGCCAGACAGAGAAGAAGAACCCAUAUCAUGAAUAACAAAGCUACAAACGGGACCAUGGUGAAGCCCAGGGCAGGCCAGGACAUCCCUGCUGAGGCGGUCGACCUGAGGUCAAGCGUCGAGGCGGGUCAAGAACGUGUGAAGGCGUCCCAGAGGAACAUGCAGGAAUCCCAUCAGAAACUGAGGGAUCUUACAUUGAAUAUCAGAUUGAAAGAAGAACUGAUCCGCGAGUUGGCAAAGACAAGCAAAGAUUCUGAGGCAGCCAACAAGAAAUACUCCAAUAAAAUCAAACAGUUGGAAAAGGAUGCCCAAAAAGCAAGGCAGGAAUUGGUUGAAGCAAGACGACACCUUCAUGACCUGGGGUCAAAGGGCGAGAUGGAAACAAAGGAGAAGAACAAAUUAGAAGAUGAAUAUCAGAAGAAGAUGGAGAAAGCACAUUCAAAGGUCAAAGAACUUAUGAAGAAACAACAGGAAUCUGAGAGAGUUCUUAAGUUGCAGACACAAAGAGAGAAGAAAAUUGAAGAUCUUGAGAUCAACGUUGGUCGGAUGAAACAACAUCAAGAACUACUACAAGCAAGGCUAAGAGAAGAGGGUGAACGAAAGCUAAAACUUGAGAGAGACCUACAGAGAGAUCAGCAGAGAAUAAAAGAACUUGAGAUAAAGAACGAACAACAACAGAAGAUACUCAAAAGGAAAACCGAAGAGGUAAUGUCAGAGAUUUACCUUCAUGUUACUAUUUGUUUCACUAUGGUUUUAUUGUCUCGCCUGCAUAGCAAAGUGAGACUAUAGGCGCCGCUUUUCCGGGCGGCGGCGGCGUCAACACAGAGCUGCCAAAUAGUACGAUUUUGUCGUAUUCCGUACGAUUUUUCACUUAAAAUACGACACUAGGAUUUUUACAAAUAAAAUACGAUUUUUUAAAAAUAUAGCUAUGGUAAGGCUCGACAUAACAGAAAUCCACCUCGGGCAAUCAUUAUUGAAAAAUGUUAAGUUUUGGUGGCCCGAAUCGGGCAACCAAUAAUUUUCAAAGUAGCGCAAUUUUUCUCCCGAUUUUGCACCAUUUAUCAACUUUAUACAGUUCAAAUUGCAACCAAUUCGUCAUGCGCCCUUUUUGUUGAUCUACACACAAAUACACACACACAUGACAGUACAUAGGCUUACCGCUCUAGCAUACAGUAGCUAUUAUCCAGCCGGCCGGCUGGUGUGCGUGAGCUUUGCAUGAAACCACUGCAGCUACAUGUAGCUAUCUGUGCGCUAUCAGCCUAUUCAGACUCGGGGAGCUACGAUACGAAAUGUUGCUGCUAAGAUAUCUUCCACAGAACUUUGAAAAUCUAUUUGCAAGCAUUAAAAACAGGAAUUAUGACCUCUCUUUUGACUCAAAAAGACCGAUUUCCAAAUGUAUUAAUACACAUAAAAACACAUAG